ACGAGCCUUUUUAACAUAUCCAGACCAACGUCAUCCUCUGAAGGUGGAUCAUGCCGUGCAGUCGUUUCUAUAAAACCCCCCGCGUCCCGCUCGCUGAGGAGAAAUAGCCGCGGGUUUGUCACAGGAGGCAGAAAAGGAGACUUUACACGGAUUGUCCUCGCGGCUGACGCGCCGCCGGUCGCAGAAUUUACGGAGGAGAAAAAAAAGCACAGAAGGGAGGAGAAAUCGGACGUAUAAGGGCGGAAGAUUUGCGCGACACCGCUGUUCUGAACGGACCAGAAGCGCCUUUACGCACGGACUCACAGGUGGAUGCUGGGAAGCGGACCAGCUCUUUCGGAGAUGUUACCCCUGCCCCAGUUUGGGGUCCUGUCGGCUCUGGCCACCGCGCUCACCUCGGUCCUGUCCGCGCUCUUGCUGCUGGCGCUGACCCGGCAGCUUUGGAGCCUCCGCUGGAGCCUGACCCGGGACAAAGAGAGCAGCCUGCCGCUGCCCAAGGGCUCCAUGGGCUGGCCGCUGAUCGGAGAGACUUUCCACUGGCUGUUCCAGGGUUCCAACUUCCACAUCUCGCGCCGAGAGCGCCACGGCAACGUGUUUAAGACCCACCUGCUCGGGAAGCCCGUCAUCCGUGUGACGGGGUCGGAAAACAUUCGCAAGAUCCUGCUGGGCGAGCACAGUCUGGUGUGCACCCAGUGGCCCCAGAGCACCCGCAUCAUCCUGGGACCCAACACCCUGGUCAACUCCAUCGGAGACCUGCACAAGAGGAACAGAAAGAUUCUAGCUAAAGUGUUUAGCCGGGGGGCCCUGGAGUCCUACCUGCCCCGGGUGCAGGAUGUCGUCAAGUCUGAAAUCGCCAAGUGGUGCUCCGAGCCGGGCGCCAUCGACGUUUACAGCGCGGCCAAGUCAAUGACGUUCCGUAUCGCAGUCCGGGUUCUGCUGGGUCUGCGGAUGGAGGAGGAGCGGAUAGUUUAUCUGGCCAAGAUCUUUGAGCAGCUGAUGAACAACCUUUUCUCGCUGCCCAUUGAUGCUCCUUUCAGUGGGUUACGCAAGGGGAUAAAAGCAAGAGAAAUCCUGCAUGCCAACAUGGAGAAAAUCAUUCAGGAAAAGAUCGAGCGGCAGCUGGCGGAUGAGGAAUUUCACGACGCCUUUGACUACAUGCUGUCCAGUUCCAAGGAACACGGCCAGCAGCUCAACAUCCAGGAGCUAAAGGAAACGGCGGUAGAGUUGAUCUUCGCGGCUCACUCCACCACAGCCAGCGCCUCCACGUCUCUAAUCCUGCAGUUUCUCCGCCAUCCAGCGGUGGUGGAGAGGGCCAGGACCGAGCUCGAGGCCGAGGGCCUCGUCUACGAAUCCCACAGCCGCCAAACCCCAAACGGUGUCACCAGGGAGAAAGCGGAAGACGCUGCAGACAAGGAGACAAGUCGCCUGCUCAACGGAGGUGGUCAGAAUCACCAGAAUCCCAGGGAUGGUUUUCCACAGUCGCAGUCUCGCGUCCCCUAUCUGAGCCUGGACAAGCUGAGCCGGCUCCGCUACCUGGACUGCGUUGUCAAAGAGGUGCUCCGCUUCCUGCCGCCAGUAUCCGGCGGGUACCGGACCGCCCUGCAGACCUUCGAAUUAGACGGCUACCAGAUCCCCAAAGGCUGGAGUGUAAUGUACAGCAUCCGGGACACUCAUGAGACCGCACCGGUCUUCCAGAGUCCGGAGCUGUUUGACCCAGACCGGUUCGGACCAGACCGGGAGGAGAGCCGGUCGGCUCGGUUCAGCUACGUUCCGUUCGGCGGCGGCGUGCGCAGUUGCGUUGGGAAAGAACUGGCACAGAUGAUCCUAAAGACGCUGGCAGUGGAGCUCAUCGGGACUUGCAAAUGGACACUGGCGACCGAGAACUUCCCCAAGAUGCAGACGGUGCCGAUAGUGCAUCCGGUCAACGGGCUGCAUGUGAAUUUCACUCACAGUGACCCUCUUUAGACAGCAAAAAACAAAACAGCGUGACAGACUUUCCAAAUAAAAUCAACCCAAAAGGGCAUCUUAACCUUCAGUCUGCUUUUGGAAAAGCCCUCCAAUUCUAGGGCAUGAGACACGAGCACCGCGCCGGGCCCAAGGGUGCCAUUUAGGAACAGCCUCCAUUUCCACAGGCAUGUAGCAAGGGUUUACAUUGCUGGUUUGGAGCAACUCAUCAGCUCUACAGUGGCUUGAUCCAAACCUCCUUCAAAAACCUGCCAGCUCAAUACGUUCACCUGCAGCAUCCCACAGCUGUUACUAUGCAUAACAUGCUUUUUUUUAUUUUUAAAAGGUAUUUAGGGUGCGAUCCAGAAGUUUGUCUGAGUAGCCUUUUCCUACCCAGAACAUCUGGGUUUGCCAUAAGGUGCCGAUUGAACAGACAUAUAGGACAUUUUACUUUAUUACAUCUAAGACCAUGCAACACAUCUACUCGCGCUCACAGGAAGGAAAGACUUCCCAUACAGUCUUCUUAUGAAGCCAUCUUUGCUGCAGUUUCAACAACUUCUUACACAAAGUGGUUUACAGAUGUAGCUUUUGCAUCAAUGUGCAUCAGUGAGGACAUAUCCAAGCGCUAUGAAUGGUCACUGUGCUGGAUGAAGAGUGCAAAAUCAACAAAAUUCAGUUUUAGACCAGUUGUAUUCCUUUCAUCCUCAAUCCUUUGUUGUUCCUGUUUGCAUUUUUUAACCCGGCGUUGCCUUACUGUCUGUAAGCAAGGCACUUGAUGCCGGUCAGCUCCGUGAAAUUCCAGAGGAACGAAACAACAAAUGUUCUUUAUUAAAUCUACAUGUGAGUUCACAUUAGGACCAGAGUAGAGUCAGAAAUAAAGCGAAAAGAUGUGCCGUGGAAGUAUUUCAACAGGAAACAUUCACAGACCAAUGUUGGACACAUGAAUUAUUUUUGCAAUGAACUCAUCUGCUAAACCACUUUUACUGAUGGAACUUGCACUUAAUAUUGACACAUAAAUCCCACAACCGACACAAACAUCAACAUCAAUACAUUCAAACGGUUCUGUUUUUGGAACAUGAAUGUAAAAUACUACAUAUCCUCAACAGUUCUAUUAUGUGUGUAUCAAAUGAAGUAGUGUUAUGAAUAAGCUGUAUUUAAAAUGCAGAUGUAUAAUUUCUGUUUUGCUUUUAUUCUGUAACAAUAUUUGCUAUAAUUAUAAAUAGAUAGACACUAAACUGUAAUGUAAAGGACUGUCCAUAAAACUGUAUUUCACUGCCAGUACGUAGAUAUCUUUCAUUGUUUAGAGCAGCAUAUAUAUAGAGUAAAGUUAUUAUUAUUAUUAUCAUUAUUGUUCUAAUGUUAUGACUGUUUCUAUGUAGGUCUUGAAGCCUAAUGGACACGCUGUGAAUUCUUAUGUACGGAUGGAUUCGUGGAAGGAGAUAGCACUUUCUCUGCUUUAAGGAGUCUGUAUAUAUUUGUCCUGUUUGUGCAUUCAUUGAGUGUAUCAGAUGUAGCUGCUGUACAGUUGAUGUAAAGAGUAAAUUAGAAGA